CGCAAGCAGGCAGCGCGGCUCGCUCACACCGGGCGCAGGGAGACAGACGCUUCAACAUCGCGUCUGCCUUCAAAUAAGACACGACACAAGACAAAACACAGACACACACCGCCAGCGGAGUUUCGAACACACACCCACAGUAAAGAACACAAUGCCAGCCGUGAUGAAAAACUCCGACAUGGAGUUCGACUCCUUCCAGCCGUGUUUCUACCCGGACGAGGAUGAUUUUUACUUGUGCGGUCCGGGAGAAGACAUCUGGAAAAAAUUCGAACUGCUGCCCACCCCACCACUGUCCCCGAGCCGAGCGGCGCUCGCGAGCGGUGAUGCAGCGGUCGAGUGCGCGUCUCCGGGUGCGUUUGGACUCGGCGAUCCGUUGGACUGGGCUUCCGAGCUGCUGCUUCUCCCGCCGCAGGACACCGAGGACGAGGCGUGGCGCGCGCCGGAGAGCGACCUGUUCGGCGCGUGUGCACUCGACGACCCGGUGAUCUUGCAGGACUGCAUGUGGAGUGGCUUCUCGGCGCGAGAGAAACUCGAGCGCGCCGUCAACGAGAAGCUCAGUCGGACCGUUUCCUCGGUAUGUGCCGUCGCUGCCGCUUCUGCUUCUGGAUCUUCUGGACUUAAAAGCAGCGUUUUGAAGGCGCCCGAGACGAACCGGGCUGCAACUGAGUGCGUGGACCCUGCUGUGGUUUUCCCCUUCCCGGUGAACAAAAGGAACGGAGCGCAGAGCGCGUGCCAAACGCAGAGCGCAUCCUUGGCUCACGUGGACAGGCGCGAGGACGACACCCCGAGCGACUCCGAUGACAAUGAUGACGUGGAUGAUGAAGAGGAAGAGGAAGAAGAAGAAGAGGAGGAGGAAAUCGAUGUAGUCACAGUUGAGAAACGGCGUUCCACCACAAGCAAGACCUUCAACUCUCAGGCCUCAUCAACGACCCGGCAAAAUCCAGCCGCAAGCCGAGUGCCCCAGGAACUCAUCUUGAAAAGGACGGCAGCUGCCUCCAUCCACCAGCAGCAGCACAACUAUGCAGCGCCUUCACCAUACUCUGAUGACUCGGACCUUCCCUCUGCUCCCCCAAGCAAAAAACACAGAUCCGAUAGCAGCGGUAGCUCCAGCACAAACUCCCAGCGUAGUGCUAAAACAAAUACAUGCUUGCCAAUCUCACUGAACGGGACUCAACGGCUCAGGAAAAGUGGCUCAGGGUCAGACUCGGAGGACAACGAGCGCCGCCGCAACCACAACAUUCUGGAGCGACAACGACGCAAUGACCUGCGUUCCAGCUUCCUGACACUGCGCGAUCAGCUGCCUGAGCUAGCUAAAAAUGACAAGGCAGCCAAAGUGCUGAUCCUCAAGAAGGCUGCAGAGUAUGUGGCUUCACUUGAGGCCCAGGAGCUUCGGCUUCAUCAGGAAAAGGACAAGCUCCAGGCGAGACGGCAGCAGCUCCUCCGCCGCCUGGAACAAGCCAGGACUCGCUAGCCUGCUACCUGCUCAAUGUUAGCACUCACGGCUGUAAGCUAAUUGACUGAACAGCCCCAAAAGAACGAACUUACGGACACUCACUGCCGCCACUUUCUUUGCACAUUUUUGGACGUCUAGAAUGUUUCGGGUUUACUUUUGUCAUUCCAGUCACAUCAAGGAAAAGAGAAAGUACAAGGAUGGUCUUUUAUUCCAUCCUAAAUUCUUAUUGUUUUUUAAUAGGUUUUUUGAGUCAGAAUUGACAACAAACCCCUUCCUCUCUCAGACUUUCGUAGGCCUGCCAUUCAGGAAUGUGGAAGUUGAGGAGGAGCACGCAAUACAACACACACCCACUUUGCCUUCACUUUGCAAAUGACACGAAAAGCAAAUAAACUUUAAAAAAAAGAUUGAACAUGAUUCAGGAGUCAGUUCACUGGGACUCGACUCACACACCUCUUUCUGGUGCUUUUAACUCCAGAUAUACCUCUGAGCACCUUGAUGUCAGUUAAGCAAAACACUAUCAGUCUGCCUUGUUUUUUGUACACAUCUUUGGGUUUUUCUAAGAAAAUAAUUAGACUGGAAGUUUAUAUACCUUUAUUAAGUACUGUAUGACCUCGAUUUACGAGGAACUUUGUAAUAUAUGUUUUUUUUUUUUCAGUUUCAUAUUACUGUUCUUUGUUCAUCAUACACUACUUACUAAUUUGUACACCUACACUUUAGUGUGCCUCUGAUACAUACUAAAAAUUGAUACUUAUAUUUUCGUAUGAAAAUGAGUAGAUAUCACUAUCUUGUUUUAUCUCUUUGCUCUUUGCGUUCAUUGAUUUUUUUUUUUUGUACAGAAAUCCCUCUAUCUACAUUUACCACCUUGCACCCUUUCUUUCCUCCAUUGUUUGUUUAUAUAUUUGUACCUAUUGGGUUCAUAGAACUGGGUCAAUGGGAAUCUCUCUCUCUCUCUCUCGAGCAUACAUUUUAGUGCUGCAACUCAUAGCACUUUGAAAUACCUCAUUUUGAAAAAUAAAUAGGCUUUGAAAACACUG